AUGAGCGCUGCUGGCCUCGACAUGAAUGCUCUGCGGCAGAUGAUCAAGCUGGACGUCGCUGCAUGUAACGAGUUGCAGACCAAGAUCCACCAGUACAGAUGGGAGAUUUUGGGCGGUAAAAGGCCAAAUGAUAAGGAGUUGGAUCUCAUGGAAGCGUCAAACAAGGACAUGACCAAAGACCUGGUGCAACGGAUCGAACGGAUCGAAGGGCAGGGACAUAAGACUUCGUCGGAUCGAGAGAUGUUGCAAGCUCUCAAUGCACGACUGGCGGUGUGUGACCACCAGCAAAUGCGACUCACCGAGUUGCGGGAUUUGGACCGGGAGACGAACGGUGGUAAAUGUCCAGAGAGAGCCACCAAAUUUGCUGAAGAUAAUCUGCCGCUGGGAGGCCGGUUGAGAAGACCAUCCAAUUCACCGCAAUCGAGAGUGACAGAGCAUCUUCGUUUGAGCAGUGAGGCGGACGCCAGAUCAACGAGCCCAGGACCCAUCUUUGAAAGAGCUGACAGCAAGGCCGCUUCGCCUGCUGGUAGUCGAGACCGUGGGACGAUGGACGAGUAUCCAUGCAGAGCCUCUCAAUUGUCCGGUUCGCCUCGGACACCGGCCUCGCCUUCGAUGGCCUUUGGUACACCUCCCGGACAGCCUCAGCCACCAUCACGUGGUGUUGGCAUUACCAGAGCGGCGACAGACACCCUCACGGGUCCGCCUCGUCGACCUUCACCGCAAGCGCCACCGAUUUCUCCCGCAACGACCUUCGGUACACCAUACCGGCCAUCGCAAACACCACCACAAGCGACAGUCACUGCGAGAGCGGCGAGAGACGGAUCUGGUGAAGACAUGUCUGCGAGGAGACACUCGUUAUUCUCACCGCCGCCACCUCCACCCCUUCCAGUCGAGACACCGCACGCACAGUCGAGGGCUGCGGCAACUCCAAGCGCGCACUCGGCUAUUCCCAAUCGGAUGUUCAGGGACAGCACUGAUGAUGUUCCCGGCAGGAGACAUUCCACGAUGACGCCGCCAUCAUCCGCGCCGCCACCACCCGCACAGCCAGUCGAGCUGGUCAAUAUGCCACGAAAAUCCAAUGAGUCCCCGCGGCCAAUGUUCUCCAACGUGAACUGGUCUCGCACCGAUAACGUGAGCGCUACCUCCGCUCAAGCCAACCAGCCGCGAGAUCCACCACUUCAGAACUACGCGGACACAGCCCGAACGUCCGGAACACCGAUCGAGUAUCCGGCCGCACCGCCAUCACUGACUUCUAGCAGGCCUGCCGAGCGCUUCUACGACAAGUAUGUCAAGUCAGCUCCGCAGCAUAUCCCGAGGGCCAGCGGUGAUCCGAGAGCGUCCUCUGAGAAUGUCACACAAGUGCCGCAUCGUCGUCCCUCGCAGCUCUCGCAGAUGACACCAAAGUAUCUUGACACACCGAAAGGCGCAAACAACGUGUCGCGACCGUCACCGCCGGAGCCGAUCACCGAACGGCAGAGUACGCCGUACAAACCUCCGAUGAGCGGUAGCUCGCGUACGUCAAGCGAGUACUCGCUACCGCCAUCUCGACCGCGUUCGGCGACGAAGCGUUCAUACGAAGCUCCAUACGUUAGAGAUGCGCUGGAUGACGAUACCGAACUAGAGCCAGACAGGUCGGGGUGGCCGCUUUUGUACCGUAUACUGGAUGUGGACCCAGCGACGGACUCAAGCGUGUUUGAUGCCACUGCUCGAAGGUAAGCCUCUCUGCCAAGUUGCGCUGAAUCCAAGCUGAUCAUUCAUCCAGAGCUUUGACCAGGAUGAGCUUGAAGCACGAUCCAACUAAGGUUCCUGGUGAUCCCGAAGCGCCAGUCCGCUGGGCGGCGGUCCUUCAGGCGUUCGAUACUCUCAUUGAUCCGGAGCGGAAGAGGGCAUACGACAUCCAUAGUGCCGAGCUGGUAGAUUGUGAUGAUUCUGACUUUGCGAAACUAAGCAUGAAUCCAGCCUCGCGAAGGUAG